AUGGAUGCUGGAAGGGCCAGAUUCGUGGCUGUUUUUCUUCUUUCUCUUUCAAUUUUUGCAGCAAAUAACUCAGAAGGCAAUAGGAAAUUAGCUAAAAGCUUUUCAGAAAAUGGAGUUUCUUGGGAUUUUCGGGACUUCGACGAAGAUAAGGUUGAACAAGUGUGGCUUCACUGUAGGAAAGAAUUAAAACAGAGUACAGAAGUAUUUAAAGACUUGGAUUUGGAUGCAAAAUAUGAUGCAACUGUAUUUGUGAAAAGAAUUAUACACAAGGCUAUAGUUAAUCUACCUCCAAAAGAUAAGGAAAUCAUUUUGGACUGCUUAAGACAGAAAAAUUCUCCAUGGAGUGCUUCUAUCGAAGAUACAGACUCUGGCAAUUGGUACAAAGAGCUUUUUACUGGUUGGAACAAGGUUCCCAGAAGGUACCUACGUGGCAACAAAGAUAGAGUUUUAAACCCUGUUCCAGCUCCCAGUCCUGCAUUUGCACCAAAUUUAGCUCCAUCACCAAUUCAUCAAACUCCCGCCAGCGCACCUUCUCCAACUGUGGAACCCCCUUCUCCUGUUUUACAACCCCCUGCCAUGGCUCCAGAACCAUCUUCUUUACCAGUUCCUGUUCCCUCUCCUUCACCGCCACCACUGGCUCUAAAACAUCCUCCACUGAAACCAAAUAUUGUUCCACCUAUUCCUCCUGGAAAAAGCCACGAGAACAUGAAGUUUAUUAUAGGCGUUAUAAUUGCAAGUUCUGUGGCAGGAGUUGCCCUCAUAACUAUGCUCUUCUUGUGCUAUCUUAAGAGUAAUAGGAACAACCUUGAGUCAAAAGAUGGGCAUAGAGACGAGAAGCCUCUUCUUAACUUUUGUUCAAGUGAUAUUUCUGCUGGUUCUUCACAAAAGUCUCAGAGCAUGGGAAACCCAAGAAGUAAAGAUUUCAAGAUUCCAUCCAUAUCAUCUGCACAUCAGCCUUCUCAAGCCAAUACUCAUUCAUCAGUAGGGAAUGCAGAAGCACCUGAAAAAACUAAUGCCAAAUUGCCACUUCCUCCUGGAAAAGCAGCUCCUCUGCCCCCCGAGCCUCCUCCUCCACCUGCUCCUACCCCACCACCACCUCCUAGAGGUUCUCGCCCUCCCCCUAAUCCACCUAAACGUGGUAAUUUGCCAAAGCCUUCCCCUCUUGGAUCCAAUCAUCAAGUACGCUAUUCCACGGGUGAGGCUAGUGAAAAUUGUGCCGACUCUGAGGCUUCAAAACCCAAGUUGAAGCCAUUUUUCUGGGACAAGGUUCUCGCCAAUCCUAAUCACUCGAUGGUCUGGCAUGAGAUCAAAGCUGGCUCAUUUCAAUUUAACGAGGAGAUGAUGGAAUCACUCUUUGGAUACAUCCCUACAAAUAGGAACAAAAAUGAGCACAACAAAUAUUCGUCUUCCUUUGAUUCUCCUCAGUUUAUUCAGAUUAUUGAUUCUAAAAAAGCACAAAAUUUAGCAAUUCUUCUAAAAGCAUUGAAUGUGUCAACUGAAGAAGUUUGUGAUGCAGUGAAGGAAGGUAAUGAGCUCCCACCAGAGCUCAUCCAAACCUUAUUGAAGAUGGCACCAACAACAGAUGAAGAACUAAAACUAAGGUUAUAUAGUGAAGACAUCUCUCACCUUGGCCCAGCUGAACAGUUUCUAAAAGUCGUGGUUGAAAUUCCAUUUGCUUUUAAGCGCCUUGAAUCAUUGUUGUUCAUGAGUACGCUUCAGGAGGAAGUUUCUACAAUCAAAGAGUCAUUUGCAACUUUAGAGAUAGCAUGUAAGGAACUCAGAAACAGCAGACUAUUCCUGAAGCUCUUAGAAGCUGUUCUCAAAACCGGGAACCGUAUGAACGAUGGCACUUAUCGUGGAGGUGCACAGGCAUUCAAACUCGACACGCUCUUGAAAUUGGCAGAUGUAAAAGGAACUGACGGAAAAACCACUCUUUUGCACUUUGUCGUCCAGGAAAUUAUUCGAUCAGAAGGUGUAAGAGCUGCACGUAGAUUAAGAGAGAGCCAAAGCAUGUCCAGUGUGAAAACUGAAGAUCUCAUCGAAGACUAUUCACAUGAAAUAGAAGAAUACCAUCGAAACCUUGGUCUUCAAGUGGUUUCUGGAGUUAGACAUGAGCUUGAGAAUGUAAGAAAGGCAGCACUCAUUGAAAGUGACAGUCUAUGUGCAACUGUGUCCAAGCUUAGGCACUCACUUGUGAGAACUAGAGAAUUUCUUGAGAUGGAGAUGAAGAGUGUAGAGGAAGAUAGCGAGUUUUAUGAUACACUUGCUAGUUUCAUUCAGCAUUCUGAAUCCGAUAUUACAUUUCUAUUAGAAGAAGAAAAACGUGUAAUGGAUCUGGUAAAGAACACGGGAGAUUACUUCCAUGGUAAUGCAGGAAAGGGUGAGAGUUUGCAUCUCUUUGUGAUUGUACGUGAUUUCUUGUUCAUGUUGGAAAAGGUCUGUAAAGAAGUGAAAAACUCUGCAAAAUUAUCGGGAAUCGGAAAGACCCCUAGGAAAGAAGCAUUGACACUAUCCCCGUCUCAAGAAUCGCGCCAGGAGUCUUUGCCAGAUUUUCGCCAGCGACUAUUUCCAGCAAUCAAGGAGAGGCGUAUUGAUCAUGACUUCAGUUCAGAUGAUGAAAGAUCAACGAGUUAA